AUGGCGAAUUCGGAAGACACACCGCGCUUGAAGAUCUCGAUGAUCUCUAGCUCUGCGCCGAUCCCAGCCAAGAGAAGUAUCAACGGCUUGUCGCUAAUGCUGAGCCAGCGACUCUCGUCCGGUCCUUCUAUAUUGCCAACUGUAUCCGAGGAUGCCGAUGAAGUACCCUCCCCGCCGUCCUCAGCAGCUGCAUCGGCAGCAUUAUUACAACCUGCGCCAUUGUCCCGCGCCCCCACUGGCGAGGGCGGAGAGGUGUCAAAGGUUGGGGGCCACUUCGCCCAGUUCCGGUCGCAGAAUUUCGAGCCCAAUGAUUCUGCCCCAUUCAGCGACGAGUGGGAGCGGCUGACGGCCUCCCAGGGGUGGGUGCCGGGCUCUCAGGCGUACAAUCGGGAACGGGCGCGGGCUCUGCGAAAUGAGCUGCGCGCUUGCUACUUUCCUCCGUCGAGCAUCAACAUCAAGGAGGAGCAAAAUGGGCAGCACGCAGAGCCAGCAAUCAAGCGUGAAGAGGCGGAUACAAUUGCGGAGGAAGGCGGAGGCGGAGAGGACUGUGCCGGAGGGCCCCUUGCGCUCGAAAUGGGGUUCGAGCAUAGAGGCCCCCUGGCAGAACUCAUGGGCUUCCAGGCGAUGUGCAGAGAUGUCGGACAGGAUCCAGGGAAUACUCUCAACGAGUGCAAGACAGCAUUGCGGGCAACACUUGUCAACAUUAUCGAUCUCAUCGACUCGCACCGCACAGGGCAGCCGGUGCAGGUGUGGACCGACUUCGAAAGCUUCCGUGCGUAUACCAUGCGAUCUGAGAAGACGAUGCCUCUCGACGAGGCUAAGAAGGACGAUCUGUUGAUAUGUUUCUUGAAGAAAAUCAGGUCUGGUGGACGCCACUCGAGAGGUCGUGCUGGUCGUGGUGUGAGUAAGAGGGUGAAGACGAGGGCGCCUUCUCUGGGUUCACGCCUAGAGGGCAAGAGAGAGAGGAAAAGGCCCCGUCGAUGA